UCUCUAUUCUGCACCAUGAAGGGCUUUCACAUCGUGGUGCUGCUGUCCUCGGCCGUGCUGCUGGUCAGCGCUGCUCCGGCUAUGGAGCUGGUGACAUGCAGCGAGGAGAGUGGAGCUGCGGCUGCACAGCUGGCUAUGCAUCGCAUCAACGAGAACCAUCGCCACGGCUACAAGUUCAGACUCCAAGAGAUCCAAGGCAACAAAGUCGAAAAGGCGGACGACGGCUGUAACCUUGAGCUGCAGUUGAACCUUCAGGAGACGGUGUGCCACGUCGUCAACCCCAAACACUUUGAGGACUGUCAGAUCCGUGGAGAGGCUGAGCGGGCGGUGACGGCUAACUGCACCGUAAAGAUGAGCGUUAAAAAUAAUGACGCCAAUGUCACCAAGUAUGAGUGUGACACGCGACAAGGGAUUAAAACCGACCUGGACGUUCCCGUGCUGGUCCCACUGAACAGCACUGAAGGUCUCAAGUCUAUUAAUGAAGCUGAGAGCAAGUUCAACCAGAACGCCACCAACCAGCACCACUACAUCCUGAAGGAAGUGGGACGGAUCAGACUUGGGUCUGGGAAGGACUACUAUGCUGAGUUUGCCCUUGUGGAGACUCAUUGUCCAAUGGGAAGCAGAAUCAAUCCUGAGGCAUGCAAACCCCUCUGCCCCGACAGAGCUCAUCAUGCUUUCUGCAAGUCAACUUACUUCAGGCAAACCGGCCUCCAGUCAGUCGAGUGUGAAUUCUAUCCCCCAUCGAACACGACUGCCCUUGGCCCUGGUGAGCAAGAGCCCGUAUGCAGGCAUUAUCCUCCCCAUGCAGGCGGUGGCAGACAUCACUUUGGUCCCCAUGCUGGCGAUGGCCAUGGUGGCCGCCAUCAUGACAGCGAUGGCCGUGGUGGCCGCCAUCAUGACAGCGAUGGCCAACGUGGCCGCCAUCAUGACAGCGAUGGCCGCCAUCAUGACAGCGAUGGCCAACGUGGCCGCCAUCAUGACAACAAUGGCCAACGUGGCCGCCAUCAUGACAGCGAUGGCCAACGUGGCCGCCAUCAUGACAGCGAUGGCCACCGUGGCCGCCAUCAUUCCGGCGAUGGCCAUCCUGACCAAGAAAAGCAGCAUCAUAGGCCCCCAUUCGGUUCCAAACACCAAUUCCAUGCCUGGCAUCGCUUCCAUCGCUGCCAUGGAUCGGACCCAGCUCUCCACCACAUUUGCCCCUGGCCUCGUACUUGGCGCCGCCCCAGCCCCAGAGACGAGGACUGAGAUACACCACACAACGCUUAAGCAACCAUAACUGUUUGAAAAGUUCUGUAACAGUCUCUAAAGUAUACGAGAAAUAGAACAUAUUACUAAACAUGUCAAAUAAACAGUCAUGGUGUAAA